AUUCAAAUUGUAAUUAAUUCUGACUGCGUGCACUGGCAUUCUUGUUUGCAGUCAAAAAUGCUAGCAGAUGCAUCAUCAGUAUGUUGGAAACAUUAUACGAUAACAAAUACAAAUUUCCCUCCUAGGGCACACGUAACAGACUCAUUCAAUUCUCAUAGACAUCUACCAUAUCCCAAACAGAUUACCGAUUAUUUGGAUCAAUUUGUAAUUGGGCAAGAAUAUGCGAAGAAAAUCCUUGCUGUCGGUGUUUAUCAGCAUUACAAGCGAUUUUUGCAUAAUGUCAACUUAAUGGAAGAAAGAUCUGAGGCCAGUGAUUUACAGAAAUCAAAUAUCAUACUUAUGGGACCAUCAGGUGUCGGUAAGACUUAUUUAACUCAGUUAUUAGCUAAAGUACUAGAUGUUCCUAUAGCAAUGUGUGAUUGUACAUCGCUAACACAAGCGGGUUACGUUGGAGACGAUGUUGAUACGGUCAUUCAGAAACUGCUUGCAAACGCAGAUGGUGAUAUUCGCGCAGCACAGAAAGGUAUUGUCUUCUUAGAUGAAUUUGAUAAAAUUAGCAGUUCGUUAGACUUUGAAGCACGCUCCUUUCGUGAUGUUGGUGGUCGUGGUGUUCAACAAGCAUUUCUUAAAUUAAUCGAAGGAACCGUUGUGAAAGUUAAACCACCCGGAUCUAAUGGACCAAAAGUAGAUGUCGAUACUACUGAUAUAUUAUUCAUAGCCUCCGGUGCAUUUAACAGUUUAGAUCGCAUUAUUUGCCAACGUCUAAGUAGAAAAUUAAUAGGAUUUGGAGAUAAACAGAUGCAUUCUGAAAGCGAUUAUUUGAUUGAAAAGGAUGAAACGAAAAUUAUCAAGCAACGAGAUAAUUUACUGCAACAAGCCGACCACGUUGAUUUUAUCAAGUUUGGAAUGGUACCCGAACUAAUCGGACGCUUCCCUGUACUUGUUCCAUUCUCUAGUUUAACUGAAGAAUUACUUGUAAGAAUAUUGACAGAACCAAAAAAUUCUAUCAUUUCCCAAGCUGAAAGACAAUUUCUUCUGGAUGACAUACAACUGUGCUUUACCAAUUGUGCACUCAAAGAAAUUGCUCGUAAUGCAGUACAGAAGAAGACUGGAGCGAGGGCACUUAGGUCCAUAAUUGAAAGAGUACUGCUGGAUGCAAAGUACGAUUUACCUGGGACCGAUAUUCAUAAACUCGUUAUUGAUGCAGAAGUUGUCAAAGGAAACUGCCGCUAUUAUACAAUGGAAAAGGCCGAUAUAGUGAAUUUUACAGCACCGAAACAAUCAAUAAUUAAAAUUAAGUAA